AUGACAAAUCUUGAUACAUUAUUUCCUUUCAGGCUCCUGGUUAGCAUGGCCUCGUCCUGGUUGAAGUACUUCUCCCUGGGCGUGUUGGUUUUCCAGACCACGUCACUGGUGCUCAUCAUGCGUUACUCGCGUACCCUGCAGGCGGAGGGCCCGCGCUACCUGGCUUCCUCGGCCGUGGUGGUGGCCGAGGUCAUGAAGAUCGUCAUCUCCAUGUUGCUCGUCUUCCGAGACCACAGUUACAGCGUGCGAGCGUUCAACAGCAUCCUUCGGCAGGAGAUCGCCAACAAGCCGCUGGAGACUCUGAAGCUGGUCAUCCCCUCGGCCAUCUACACACUGCAGAACAACCUGCUUUACGUGGCCCUGUCCAACCUGGACGCCGCUACCUACCAGCUGACGUAUCAGCUCAAGAUCCUCACCACGGCUCUGUUCUCCGUGUCCAUGCUGGGGCGUCGGCUGGGCGUCUACCAGUGGCUCUCAUUGCUUAUCCUCAUGGCCGGGGUGGCUCUUGUGCAGUGGCCGACUGAAUCCUCGGUGGUGCCGGAAAAAGCGUCCGUCUCGACCGGUUCCCAAUUUGUGGGCGUGAUGGCCGUCCUGGUGGCGUGCUGCUCCAGCGGCUUCGCCGGCGUCUACUUUGAGAAGAUCCUGAAGGAGAGCAAACAAAGCGUCUGGAUCCGCAACAUCCAGCUGGGGAUGUUCUGCCUGUUGUUCGGAUUUUUCGGGAUGCUCAGCGUCGAUGGAGAUAAAGUGUUUGAGUCGGGAAUGUUCCAGGGGUACAACAAGGUCACCUGCGCCGUGGUUACAUUACAGGCGCUGGGGGGUCUAGUCGUCGCAGCGGUCAUCAAGUACGCCGACAAUAUCCUGAAAGGUUUCGCGACGUCGCUUUCCAUCAUCGUCUCCACACUCAUUUCCUACUUUUGGCUGCAGGAUUUCGACCCCACUGGCGUCUUCUUCCUGGGAGCCGUACUCGUCAUUGUCGCUACAUUCCUCUACGGCUACGAAGGCAAGGCGGCGCCCAACCCCAGCAGGGCGUGA